AUGGAGACUCGUUUACGUCAAUUCAGACCACCUGCGCUUUCCUCGAUACUCUAACACAUCUUUUGUUUCCAGUGAAAGUCUUUCGUUCGAUAGACACACUUUCAAAACGUCCAUCUUCAUUUUAUCGAUUUAUUUUCCAUCAUGAGUGCGCCACGAUGAACUGGUUUCCUCGAUUUACAUUUCCAAGUCGCAACGCCCGGGAUACAGGUCCCAAAACCGGUCGCGGGCGGCUCUUCGUGUAUCUGGCUUUGACGGUGAUCGCGUUGCUGCUUUCAUACCAGCUGGUUCUGAAUCGCGAGUCUUUGAGCUCUGUCUCGACAUGGGCUACGGGGAAAGGGUUGAGGCCUGGUGUCAAUCAUACAGAGCCUGUCGCGGGGGCUCAUGAUGAAGUUCACAACCCCGGGGGCAAAUUCGAAGAACAGCCACGUGAAAAGGAGCUCGUACUGGCUGCUAUGAGCUACAGUGAUAUGUCCUGGGUACAGGAGAAUCUGCCAAAUUGGCAUACUAAUAUCUAUCGCGCUGAUGUGCCUCCUGGCGAGGCUGAUUUAACGGUGCCUGUGAAUAAAGGCAAUGAGGCAAUGGUUUUCUUGACUUAUAUUAUUGAUCGCUAUGAUACCCUCCCCGAUGUAAUUGUCUUCAUGCAUGGAGGUCGAUACCAGUGGCACAACGAUAAUCCAUUAUAUGACUCCGUAAUCUCCAUCAACGACCUCCAACUCCCCUACGUCCGCUCAACGGGCUACGUCAACCUCCGCUGCUCCUGGGUCGUCGGCUGCCCGGCCGAACUCGAACCAGCCCGCUAUUUCCGCGAAAGACCCGAAGACAACGGCCAUCCCACCGCGGUCGAAUUCCCAGAUCGAUUCAUCGAGUUAUUCCCCAAUGAGACACUACCCGAGGUCAUUGGUACGGCGUGUUGUAGUCAAUUCGCCGUGUCGAGGGAGAAGGUCCGUGAGCGUGGGAUUGAGCAUUAUGAGAGGGCGAGGAGGUUUCUCAUUGAGACUAGUUUGGGGUCGGAGAUUAGUGGGAGGAUUUUUGAGUAUGCGUGGCAUAUUAUGUUUGGACAACCCCCGCAGAAUUGCCCCGAUGUUCGAUGGUGUUAUUGCCUCACAUAUGGAUAUUGCAACAUGACCGACGAAGACCUACAGAAGCAAUGGGUGUGGCGUGGCUUGAUUCUACCAGAAGGAUGGCCCAACGUGGAUCCGAAUGCAGGAUUACAAAAAAGAGACGAGAUUCCAUCCGAGGCAUAUUGGAAGAAAUAACACCGUUUCAAUACAAAUACACAGGCAACGCUGGCUCGGGCCUGGAAAGCUGAAGAUAAUUGCAAAAGUUCCGGAUUGGAUAUGCAUGAUUAC